AUGGCGUGGAACAAAACACCCGGCAAUGACGGAAUCCUAGUUGAGUUUUACGUUCAAUUUUGGCCUUUGGUUGGGGAAUUGCUAACUGCAUCCUUAAAUUUUGGUUAUAAAUUAGGUGUAUUAUCAAACUCUCAAAAACAAAGUGUCAUUUCAUUGAUUGAAAAAAAGGCAGAGAUUCAAAAUUUAUUAAGAAUUGGUGGCUCAUAUUGCUUAUACAUGUUGAUGCAAAGAUUGGGUCUAAGUGUCUCGCAAAGAGAUUGGGAUAUUAUUAACGACAUCCAGGGAGCAUUUGUUGCGGGGAGGGAUAUCAGUGACUGUAUUAGAUUAAUUGAAAAAAUGCUUUGGUUUGCAGAUGAAAAUAAAAUUCCUGGAAUGUUAAUUGCAGUGGACUUCCAGAAAGCGCUUGACAUGCUUGAAUGGGAUUCUUUGAUGGAGUGUCUGGAAGCCUUUCAAUUUGGUCAUAUUUUUCAAAAAUGA